CGUUUCCCGUAUACUACCGCGCGUAAUGCAACACGGUUUGGAUUCGGUGCGUGUGUGUGUGGUGUUCUGGAGGCCUACCGUGGAUCAGAGGAUCUCAUGGACGAAGGACUAUCUUCCAGGACUUGAGGUGCAGGCGUUGUGGCCAGAGGUAUUGCAGUGGCUGAAAACGCGUGCCCGCUUGGCUGGUGGCUGCUGAAUGCUGGUUGCAGGUGUCAGGGGCACAUUUGCAGUGGACGAGGGGGCGCCAGUGGAGCUCUCUGUUAUUUAGCUAUGUUUCUCUAUCUACACUGUGUUUUUACUUACCAGAUAAAAAUUCA